AUGACACCUAUGAAGAAGCUCUAUGAGCAAGAACUUCCUUGGUUUUUGUCUGGCUGCUACUCUCUCGCCACGGUGUACGUAAAUGUGGCGUUGAAGAAACCUGCCUUCAUCUCCUCUCUUUACUCACCUUACAUAGCUGAAUACGGAGUUGAUGGCGAUAACGCCAGCCUAAUCAACUUUGUUCGUUCUAAUGGAUCUUCUUUUCAAUAUUCAGGAUGGUUUGUGGUUGAUCUCGUGAAUGCGUACCAGGCCAAGUUUGUUACGGUCUUCAACAGGGCGGAUCAGGCUUGUACCAGCCUUGCAUUUUGCUAUAAACGUAUGAACUACUUCAUCGUCGGACUGACAAAUUAUUUUGAUGCAGCUGUUAACUCGACAGCAACAAUUCGAGGAAAUUAUGACCUGUGUGGGCAGUGGCCGGUAGAAGUUACAACAGCUGGUCAAGUAAUGAGUGUGAACUGCGUUGACCAAGAAAAAUUUUACAGAUUCGUUAUUAUACAGCAAUCGUUGCAGGUCGAGCAAUAUGUGACAGAUUUAGUGCAUAAAGCUGUUCAAUUCGUCGAAAUGGAAGUUUAUACCAAUAAAAGUUUUUUGCAAUAUGAAAAUGUGGCACUCAAGAAGCCUGCCUAUAUGAGCACACCUGAUUCAACGUACAUCGCAAACAAUUGUGUUGACGGCAGCAAAGGAAAUAACAAUUUAUGUAAAUUGACGACCGAAACAACACCCUUUAAGAACUGGUUCAUAGUUGAUUUGACGAGAAAUUAUCAAGUUUUGUACGCUGUUUUAUACACAUUUGAUCUUCAAGACAAAGGUGUACCUGAAAAUGUGGCAAGUCUGUGGAACCUGCGCCAUAAGAUGCUUUCACUGGCCGAUCCUAAUGUGACGAAUAUGAUUGUCGUUCAUUGCAGUGCCGGCGUCGGAAGAACUGGGACUUAUAUAGCGCUUGAUUAUUUGGCAAACGAGGCCGAACAGACUGGCUGUGUGGAUGUUUUUGAAUGUUUGAAAUACAUGAGGGGCCAACGUUACAACAUGGUUCAAGCUUUUUCUCAGUACGAGCUAUGCUUCCGAGCCAUCGUGCUGUAUUACCUCAUGGGUAAGUCCACCUAUAUAUCCUCUGAGGACAAAGAUGAGUGUGUGAGGCAGUUGGAGGAGUUUAAAAUUAAGAAAGGGGUGUCCAGCAUUGUGGAGAAACAAUUUCAGGCAAGGCUAAUGAAAUAUAUUACUUAA